AUGAGGGUUCAAAUUGCGUCGAUUGUUCUCACUGCACUCACACUUAUGGUGCUCUCCGAAGGAUCGGCCGCGGCGCCGGUGAUCAAAGCACGGAGCCCGAAUGGCUUCUGGGACGGCUUCAAUCGGUUCGCCAAUAAACCGUUCAAAGACUGGUUUUAA